AUGCGGUCUAGGUUACUCUCUAUGGCCUCUGGUUCAUCACUCUUGGAGAACAUUGUUCAGCUCGGUUCUGCUGUUGUCAUUAUCUUCGAGCACUCUUUCUACAUUUUCGACAAGCGGCGCUAUCUUCUGGACCAGCAAGAGUCUGUUCCCUCUUUUUAUGUCGCCCUCGAGCAGUACAUUGCGUCUCCGCAUGCAGCUGCUGUCAGGGAAGCCGCAACCGCUGCCGUCCAGGCGUAUCAAGAAGCCAUGAAGACUCCUGUUAAAGGGAAAAUGCCUACUUGGAUGGCGAAGAUACUGUCUGAACGCUCUCAGAAGGAGAAAAAAUCUUUGGCAAAGGCGGAGCUCACCAAGACUAUUCUUGAAAUCAGUUUAAACCAUCGCCUGCACCUUAAUGUCGAGCAAUCCAACACAGCAUAG